UCGCACCGGUAGCCUCGCGAUAACGGCAACACCCCGCCAUCUGCUGUCCGUAUCCCGCUGCUGACUACCGCUCCCAAAUCGCACACGCACACCCCCGCACAAUACACCCCGUCGACCGAUGACACGAGAUCCCCGAUCCAAGGCUUAGAACAAUGGCGAGUCCGGUGGGGGAGGAUAACUGGGUCGACUUUGUCGACCACCAGCUGCGUGGCGCCACCGACUUCGAAGGCCGCGUCAAAGUCAUCGAGACCUUUGGUCGCGCCGUCCAGGCCGAGCCCGGCAGCCUCAAAGUAUGGAUGGCCUACUGCGAAUACUUCUGGUCGCUCUAUUCCGACUGCCAGCCGGGUAGCGACGCUGGCUGGCCCAUGGAGGAGCAGCGCGCCGGCUGCGAAACCUUCACCCUAGACCGUGCCCUCAACCUCUGGCAGGAGGGCUACGAGGCCGUCCAGUACCGUCUCUCCGACAGCCACCAGCUCUGGAAUCGCUGGGUUUCCCUCGAGAUGGAGCUGCUCGCCCGCACAGCUACCGAGGCCGGCGUCCGCCGCAUCACCCAUCUCUUCAAGAACAGACUGGCGGUGCCCCAUGCCGCUUGGGAUAACACGUCACAGAUGUUUUCUAGCUUCCUCUCCGAGUACAACCGCGUCAACUACGAGUCCGAGAUGCUGCACGUUACCGCUAACGCCCGAGACGCCAAGCGCCUGUACGAGAUGCGCGACCCUUGGGAGAUGAAGCUCAACCAGGCCCAGAAGGUGGGCGAUAUCGCGGGCAUGAAGGCCACCAUGACCGAAUACAUCGAUUGGGAGAUUAGGCAGGCCAAAUCCAAAAAGGACCAUCAUACCUUGCUCAACAUCCGCAUUUGCCUGGGUCUGUUUUCGCGUGCUCUUACCGGCAUCAUGUCUUCGGAUGAAGCGACCUGGCUUAACUUUCUCGUUUUCGUCUCAACAUGGCACUCGGACAUCAAGAUGGGCCGCGUAAAGAUCCCCUCGGCCACCCUGCCUAAUAUGCUGGACGUCCUUCAGCGCGCUGUGCACCAUGUUCCCUGGUCCGGCACUGUCUGGGCUCGCUACAUUCUGGCUGCCGAGGAAGCUGGCCUAGGCUUCACUGACAUUGAGCGCAUCAAGCACGCAGCGACGAGCUGUGCUCAACUCGAUCGUGAUGGCAUGGGUGGAGUUCUGGAAAUGUACUCGGCUUGGUGUGGCUACCUCAAGCGCACCGCCAUGAACCCCAACGCGACUGAAGAAGCCGUUGACCUUGCCGAAGUCGGCCUCCCGUCCGCCCUGGAAGACGUUCGACACUGGGGCAAGCGACGGUACGGUGAUGCUUACCAGGGUGACCCCAACUUCAGGUUAGAAAAGAUCUUGAUCCAGUUUCUAACCGAAAAGAAGGAUGACAUUGAUGAAGCACGCAAUGUAUGGGAACAGCUGUCUGUCAUUCCGCUACACGCCAAUAGCUACGAUUUCUGGCUGGCUUGGUUCCUAUGGGAAAUGCUCGUCUUCGCCUCUACCAAGAGCAAGAACCGGAGCCCUACACCUGCUACCUUGGCCCAAGGCUUGCGGGUCCCCUCAUUUGCCACGCGUGUUUUCAUCAAGGCUCUCAAGGUGCGCACGCUUGACUGGCCUGAGAGGAUUAUGGAUGUUUAUCUUCAGCAUUGCAACGAUUACGAGCUGGCCGAAACCCUCCGUGAAGCCCAGGACACCAUCUAUAAGACAAGAAAGGGCGUUUCUAGGCGUCGCGAGAGGGAGGCUGCCCAAGCACAAGCGGCGGCACAAGCUCAAGCCCAGGCCGCGUACGCGGCACAGGCGGCCCAGGCCCAGGCCCAGCACCAACCGCAGCUACAUCAACAGCAAGAGAAAUACCCACAGCAACAAUACCAGGAUUACCCCAUGACAGAAUCCCCGCAAGCUGGCACAUCACCCAGCUCCAAGAGGAAGCGCGAAGAUGGUUUUGAGGAUGAGGUUGAUGACUGUGCCAAGCGGGCGAAGAGCGAAACAACUAUGAGUGCGGCUGAGCUCAAGCGUGACAGGGAAAACACAUCGGUCUUUGUUCACAAUCUCCCCGAAGGCAUUACCCAAACCAAGUUACGACAGUUCUUCCGCGAGUACGGCCACAUCAACAACAUCGACCUCCAAAAGAGUGAAGGUGCCCCGGCAGUGGCGCUGAUCGAGUUCAAGUCGCCAGAAGAUGCUCGGACAGCUUUGCUUCGCGAUGGGAAACGCCUCGGCGAAUCAGUUAUCCAAGUCAGCCCGGCAACCGAUUGCACCCUCUUCGUGACCAAUUACCCGCCUGAGGCAGAUGAGCAGUCUAUCCGUGAUCUUUUCAAACAUUGUGGUGACAUUCAUAGUAUCCGUUUUCCCAGCCUCAAGUACAACACCAAGCGUCGGUUUUGCUACGUAUCCUUCCGCGACCGAUCCGCUGCAGCCGCGGCCACUCAACUCGAUGGCAAGCCUUUGGAGGGAGGAAAGUACAAGCUGCAAGCCAAGCUCUCCGACCCAGGCCAUAGGCAAGUGCGCCAAGGAGCUCAGGCCGAAGAACGCGAGCUCCAUGUGAACAACCUCCCUCGUGCAGCAAGCGAAGAGGACGUCGAGGGUCUCUUCCAAAAGGCCGGCAACGUUGUCAGCGUCCGUCUGACGCGCAACAUGGCAGGUGUCAGCACCGGCACAGCGUUUGUGGUGAUGGAAACCAAGGAACAGGCAGCCAAGGCGAUUGAGAUACUAGAUAAGGUGAUCUUUGGCAACCAUCCCCUCAAGGUGGAGGUGUCAAAGCCGCCCACGCGCAAAACCACCGCGACGAGUCGAGCUGACGGUGAAGCCGAAGGUUCGCCCGAGUCUAGCGCCUCCGGGUCGGGACCUAGUCACGUGUCUGGGCCUGAGAUUGCCGCCCGUACGAUCGCCAUUCUUGGCAUUCCCGACACGAUGAACGACGCGCGCGUUCGCUCCAUCGUCGCCCCCAUUGGCGCCAUCAACAAGCUCGUGCUCCACCCGCAGCACGGCGGCGCUGUCGUUGAGUUCGCUGAUGCGGCGACGGCCGGCAAGGCCUCUCUUGUGAUCAAUAGUACUGAGAUCGAGGGCGGUAAGAAGCUGCGCGUCGGGUCCGUCGGUCAGCUGUUCAAAGAAAAGGCCGAGAAGAGGAUAGACAGGAUCGAUCUGCCCCAUCAGCAACCGCCAAAAAAGCAGGAUGACUCCAAGGCCAGCAAGAAGGGAAAGACCGCCGCGCAGCUGAUGCCGCCGCCGCCACCCAUCAGGAGACCGCCUGUGUUGGGCAAAGCGGGGGCCAAGAAAGGCCUCGGGUUCGUCGUUCCUGUCAGCAAGGUGCAGAAGGAGCAGAACGCUGCUACAGCGUCGGCGAAGGAUGGCUCGGGCCCGGAGCAGCAAGUCAACGGUACCGGUCAAUCGUCAACAGGCCCACCAGUUGCUCAGAAAAGCAACGCCGACUUCAAGAAGAUGUUCUUGGAGGGAAAGAAGUGAAGGAGAUGGGAUAGGCAACCAAGGCAACAAGCAAUAGCAACAAAUAC